AUGCGGAAUCUGGCUGACACGGCUGAAAUGCACACUCCCUACUCUUCCUGGAAGAGACUCUCUUUCUUCAAUGGCUUCACGGCGAUAUCUGGUGUGAUCCUCACUGGCCGGGGCAUCUAUGGCAGCUUCAGAGGGGCUCUCCUGACAAGGGUCCUCGCGCUGUCCUCCGCAUACCUCCUUCACGUUGGCUCCCUGUGCCCGGCAAUGAGCUGCCUCACGGGGCUGCUUGGCUUUGCUGGGUGGUCUGGAGCAACCAUAGGAAGCAGAGACACUCUCUUGUUUGUAAGUCGGAUCUGCACACAGACCCCAAAGUACCCUCCCGUUCAAGAUGUGGCCUUGGAGCACGUCUUCGCGACCCUGAGGAAGAAUCUUAAUUACAGUGAGCCAGACGACUGUUCCGCGGAAUGGAACUUGGUCACGGGGACGCUAAAGUGCUGUGGGGCAAGGAACUACACCGGCUUUUCUGGGUCUUCCUUUGAAAUGACUGCUGGUCCCUCGGACCCCAGGGGCUGCAGCCCACAAGGGUGA